AUGGUAGAAGAAUAUGUUAAGCAGUUCCCAAUAAUUGGGUUCGAGAAAGAGUCCAUGAGAUUCAGUAGCGCUAGAGAACUUUACCAACAGGGACUGGGACAUUCAGAGAGAGAAACAAGGAUGACGAUAUCCCAACUGCCACAAGAUUUGAUAGAAGAGAUACUAUAUAGGGUCCCCGUGACAUCCCUGAGACGAUUACGAUCUACUUGCAAAGGAUGGUACCAUCAAGCUUUAUUCAAAGAUCCUAGAUUCAUCAAAAAACACUUUGACAAAACAGCAAAGCAGUAUCAUGCUCUUAUGCUUUUAUCUGAAGCCUUUCACUGCGAUGGCAUAUUGCUAUGCAGCCUCUUGAUGAAGACCAUGAUUGUGGUUUGGAACCCGUUUUCGGGGCAAACCAGGUGGAUCCAAGUAACCCAACUGCAAGAUCACUACAUUGGAGCGUAUGCUCUCGGAUACAACAACAAGGAGUUGUGUCGUAGCUACAAAAUCUUGAGGUUCCGGUGUCAAUACGUAAAGUUGGCGGCAUCAUGGGGCUGGGGUGCACUUAAUGUCACUCCGGAACCAGAAGGCAACAUUAUAUCGGAAAUAUAUGAGUUUAGCUCUAAUUUAUGGAGGAAUCUGGAUUCGGUCCUUCCCGAUCAAGCCUACUUAAAACCUAGUGGUGGUGUAUCUUUAAAUGGGAAUACUUAUUGGAUGUCGUGUAAUAAAAAAGGAGACUACUCACUACUCAGUUUUGAUUUUUCAACAGAAAAGUUUCAACGUUUAUGCGCUCCCUUUCAUCAUGAACCAUGCCAUAUUGAUACUAGGGUUCUCUCGGUUGUUAGAGAAGAACGUCUCUCGUUGUUAUAUCAGAGUAGGAAGACACUAGAGGUGGAAAUAUGGAUGACCGAUGAGAUUGAGACCACAUUUGUGUCGUGGAGCAAGUUCUUAAGAGUAGAUUUAUUAGGAUUAAACCAUUGUUUUUCGGAUUCCAUGAGCUUCUCCAUUAUCGAUGAGGAGAAGAAAGUUGUCGUGUGUUGUGAUGAAGCGGGAAAUUUCGACUUCACAAUGGUGUGGAUUGUUAAAGAAGGAGAAGAAUAUAGAGCAUCACCCGAUAUUUCAGUUGAUGGUGGCGUACAAGCAUGGAGUAUACCACUUCUUAGUGUUCCAAAUAUUUUGAAAGGAUUGGGACUGACUUCGCCAUUCAGUGGCGAAGACGGUAUAACUGAGAUGCUUGAAUCUCCAGAAAUGGGGAAGAAUCUAUCCGUAUCGAACAUUUUCCACAAAGCAUGCAUCGAGGUGAACGAAGAAGGAACAGAAGCCGCAGCCGCAUCAGCUGGAGUUAUAAAACUAAGAGGUUUGCUUAUGGAGGAAGAUGAGAUAGAUUUUGUGGUGGAUCAUCUGUUUCAGUUGGUGGUCACAGAGAACAUAACAGGAGUUACUAUGUUCAUCGGCCAAGUCCAAGAAAACUAA